UCACCGGAAGCGUUUGACGUAGACAUACACAUGUGCUUUUGCUAAAUAGAAAUAUGGGGAAGAAGGCCAAAGUUGGAAAAGCUAGGAAGGACAAGUUUUACAAACUAGCGAAAGAAACAGGAUAUCGAGCUCGAUCUGCCUUCAAAUUGAUACAACUUAACAGAAAGUUUGAAUUUUUGGACAAAGCUCGUGUGGUCGUGGACCUAUGUGCAGCCCCAGGGGGUUGGCUGCAGGUUGCCUCUCAGAACACACCCAUCUCCAGUCUCAUUGUCGGUAUUGACUUGGUCUCCAUUCGUCCGAUCCCCAAGUGUACAACCUUCCAGGCAGACAUCACAACAGAGAAAUGUCGCCAGAUACUGAAGCAGGAGCUGAAGACAUGGAAGGCGGACGUGUUCCUCAAUGAUGGCGCUCCUAAUGUGGGAAAGAACUGGGUCCAUGAUGCAUUCCAACAAGCUGAACUAACCUUGUAUGCUGUGAAGCUUGCAACUGACUUCUUGCGGAAGGGGGGAUCGUUUGUGACAAAGGUUUUCCGUUCCAAGGACUACUACUCACUGCUGUGGGUACUCCAGCAGCUGUUCCAGAGUGUGAAUGCAACCAAACCACAGGCAUCCAGGAAUGAGUCUGCGGAGAUUUUUGUGGUGUGUCAAGGAUUCUUGGCACCGGACAAGAUAGACCCCAAGUUCUUGAACCCCAAGCACGUGUUUCAGGAAGUGGAGCAGGAAGGUCGUCAAUUACUCGACUUAAUUCAUCCCGAGAAAAAGAAGAGACAUCGGGAGGGGUAUGCAGAUGGAGACUAUUCUCUGUUCCACACACUGUCAGCAUCAAAGUUCUUGGCUGCUGAUAACUUCCUCGAACUCUUGGCAGGAGCCAAUCAGGUGACAAUUGAAGAGGAGCGGAUCGCGAACCACCGUCUGACCACGGCGGAGGUGAAGGAAUGUCUAAAGGACAUCAAAGUGCUGGGCAAGAAGGACAUCAAGGGCUUGCUGACAUGGCGGAAGAAGCUGCGAGAUGAGCUAGGGGUUGGGGCUGUCACCGUCACGGAGGAUGCAGCGGAGGCAGACAGAUGGCAGCAAGGGGAUGAUGAAGCCAGUGAAGAAGAGGACUUGGAGGUAGAGAAGAUGUUGGUGAAGAUGGAGGAUGAUGAGAGGAAGGCUCUCAAGAGGAAAUUAAAGAAAAUUCGUAAAGAAAAGACCAAGCUGCGACACAAGAUGGACAUGAAAAUGGUGCUGCCCAACGACAAACCAGACAUUACUGAUGAUGUGGACAUAUUUGAUUUGAAAAAGAUAAAGAGCAAGAAGCACCUGAAGGCUGUGGAUGAGGAUGACCAGGAAAUGCAAGAGGCGGAACUGGAGUGGGAAGACGACCCAUUGCCUCCGCCCUCAAAGCGACCAACACUGUCAUAUGACCGAUACACCAAGGACUACCUGGACAGGGAGGACGCUUCGGAGGAGGAGUACGACUCUGACCCUGACCUUGACCUUGAGGAUGACGACAGGCCAGGACCUGAUGACGAGAUUGAAGAAGAAAACCCUCUCCUUGUAGACUUGCAGAAGCCAGGGGUGAAGACCAGCACUAGGACCAACAGCUGGUUCAGCAAGAGUGCCUUUGCUGAUAUAGAGGAUGAGGCGGACGAAGAUGCAGAGAUUGAGAAGAUAGCUGACAGGUACAGAAGCCAGGGAGGAGAGAUCACGGAAAAGUCAACAAAGAAGACUGAGGUUCCACGCAAGAAGAAAACCCCUGCAGUUAAAAAGGACAGUGAUGAUGAUGAUGACGAUGAUGAUGACGAUGAUGACUCAGAAUCUGACAGUGACUAUGACACCAGCGAACUGCAAGCAGGCCCUGGACAUCAGGAGGUUCCCAGCAACAAGAAGCAGAACAGCAGUAACAAAGACAGUUUUGAAAUAGUACCCUCAAACACAGACAAGCUGGAUCCAGUAGGCAUGGCUCUUGGCUCAGCUCUGGUCCAGUCCCGCAAGAGGAAGAGAGACAUCAUCGACAAUGCUUACCACAGAUACAUGUUUGACGAUAAUGGUUUACCCGACUGGUUUGUGAAGGAUGAAAGUCGACACAAUCGGAUCCAGCUUCCUGUCACCAAGGGCGACAUCCAGGAGUACCGAGACAAGCUCAAGUCUGUUGACGCACGACCCAUCAAGAAGAUAGCAGAGGCAAAGGCAAGAAAGAAGAAGAAGUGUUCCAGGAUCUACAAGAAGGCAGGACUGCUCCACAAGAAAAAGAAAGAGGUGACUUACGUUGUGGCAAAGAAGGGAGGGGGCAAGCGACCCACACGUCCGGCAGGGGUCAGCGGCCAUUACAAGGUCGUUGACAAACGCAUGAAGAAAGAAAAACGUGCGGCGAAACGGAAGGCAAAGAAGGAGGGAAAGGGAGGAAAGAAAGGGAAGAGAUAAAAGCCGGUGCAGCAUCUGGCAGACUCAGGGAAAA